CACAACAGCUCUGGUACGCAUGUACGUAAGCAUGAUUGUGUACCUGAUGUACGUACCUAGAUGCCUACAAAGGCAGAUACCGCUGUGCAACUUGACAUCACAGAAACCUUCUAUUCGGUUAUUUUAUGCGAAUACAAACUUCCUCUAUUAUUUCCUCCCUUGAUUAAGUAUCCCAAGAUCUAUCACAACUACGUAAUACAGGUCUGCUACCAGCACUUGCCUCUCCGGGCAAGCUUAAUCAAAAGAUGAGUGGUGGAUGGAAUACCAUUGAGUCGGAUGCUGGUGUUUUUACGUUCCUUCUCAACAACCUGGGUGUUCAAGAUGUUCAAUUCGAAGAACUGCUCACGCUAGAGCCGGAGGCCCUAGCCGAGCUCUACCCAGUCUACGGCGUCAUCUUCCUCUUCAAGUACCCGACCGACACGCCAUACACAUCGACCGAUAAACCGCUCGACGGCGCCUUCGACCGGGGCGCAGCAGAAAAUUUGUGGUUCGCGGCGCAGACGAUACAGAAUGCGUGUGGUACGCAGGCGUUGCUGAGCAUGCUGAUGAACAGAGAAGACGACGAGGUUGAGAUCGGAGAGAAGCUACGCGAGUUCAAGGAGUUCACGCUGGCGCUGCCGCCGGAGUUCAGAGGCGAGGCGCUGAGUAACAGCGAACUCAUCCGCGAUGCGCACAAUAGUUUCGCCAAGAGUAGCCCGUUCGUCGAUGAGACGCAGAGACAGGGUGGCGAGACGGAGGAUGCUUUUCACUUUGUCGCUUACACACCGAUUAACGGAACGCUAUACGAACUCGAUGGCUUGCAGCCAGCACCCAUAACGCACGGCGCGUGCUCGGCGGAGGAUUUCCCUGUGAAGGUCACGGAGGUGCUUCAGCGCCGCGUCGCAAGAUACGACCUCUCGGAGAUCCGAUUCAACCUUAUGGCCAUGGUUAGGGACCGCCGCGUCGCAGCCCGGGAGAUCGGCGAUGUGGAGGCCUUGGCACGGGAGGAGAGGAAGAGGAGGGACUGGCAGUUCGAAAAUGCGCUGCGACGACACAACUUCGUCGGGUUCGCGAGCGCGGUGCUAAAGGGUGUCGUUGAUAUGAAACUCAAGGAAGGGGGUGAAGGCGCAUAUACCCAAUGGGUCGACGAGGCGAAGGCGAAAACGAGACAGAGACUUGGGGGUAGGAAGAAAGGAGGUGGUGGUGAGGAUGUUGAGAUGGAUGGUUAGGGGUUAAAGGCGGAUACGAUACAGGUUUCUCAUCGCGAAGUCUUGUGCCAGGGGCGGCGAAGACUUACAAUGUGUUCUUGGUGGCCUUCCUGGUUUAUGGAUGGCGGUAUGGGAUAGGCACUACGUGUUAGAACUACGAAUUACGGUACACACUGUAUCGGGCGGUAACAUGCUAUUGCGGGUUUAUGACGCAGAGUGCGCUCAACGCGAAGUCAUCGUACCUCUAUGGAUAAUCGCUAGCCGAGCAUCUUUGUCUUUCUCAUGGAGCUCCUAAGUCGGAGCUCGGAUAUGGAUAUCAGGUGGAACCUAGAGAAAUCUCCCAUAGAACAGGGACAUACCCAGCCUUGCGUGUGCAUAGUUUCCACUCGGCUCGGUUCCUGGUCCCAUUCACCGUCCCACCCCGCGACUCGACGCGACUGGCUACCGAGAGGUCCUUCCGGGUGUGGCCGUCACGUCGCUGGCUGCACGGCCACAAACAAGCAGAUACAUAGAUUAUAU